GACUCGAGAACGAACAACCUUGUGCAGGAAACGUCGUUCGUACAACCCACACCGCAAGUGCCGUUCGUACAACCGCGACCACAAACUCCUUCUGUACAGCAGCAACCACAAGCACCAUUUGAUCAACGACAACUGCAGACUUCAUUCAACCAACGGCAACCGCAAACCUCCUUCGAACAGCCGCAAACACAAACUGUGUUCAGUCAGCGACAACCGCAAACGCCUUUCACACCUGAGCCAACUGCGUUCACCCAGGCACGUUCCGAUUGGAAAGCAAUUAAAAAGAACAAAACUUGUACGCAUCUUGAAAUUGUGGCGGCCGAACCGUCGACGACUCGCAUGAAAACAAUCAUACCUCUCACA